GUGGACUCUGCGAAGGAUGUUGUGAAUAGACUCAUCUGUGAAGUUGUGAAAUUUUUAUUUUUGUUUAUUAUAAAAUGUCAAGUGAUGCCAGUCAUGGGCUAUUUAAAAGUAUUAUAAUUAGGACUGAUGUGAAAUAUGUUUUAAAAAUAUGUCUUCAUAAUGUUGAUUAAAUUUCUGAUGCGAUUACUGAGGAAAAGGCUGGUCCUUGGUAUUAUUCUUGCUCUUUCGCUAACCUACUGUGUUGUGAGUUUCUUGAACGAGGCGCAGGACGUGUCGAGCAAUGACCAGGACGUGGCUCCGGCCAGGCGCCUGCCCGAGCAGUUCCUCUGGCACUCGUCGAGGGACGAGCAGAACGAGACCAGCGUCAAGGUCACCACCUGCCGCAACUCCGUGCAGGGGAAGGUGCUCAUCGUAGAUGACAGAGGGUACGUGUGCUCCCGGACAGACGUGCUGUCCUCGGGCUGCUGCGACACGCGCUCGCAGACGACCAAGCGGUACAGCUGCGAGACGUGCAAGGACAACGGCUGCUGCACCAUCUACGAGUACUGCAUCUCCUGCUGCCUGCACCCGGACAAGAAGGCGGUGCUGCAAGGCGUGCUGGGCAAGGCGUCGGAGACCUUCAACGUGCUGUUUGCGUCGGUGAGCGACCACUUCGAGCUGUGCCUGGCCAAGUGCCGCACCAGCUCGCAGAGCGUGCAGCACGAGAACUCGUACCGCGACCCGCGCGCCAAGCACUGCUACGGGGAGGCGCUCCCGGCCACCUGAUCCGUGCCGGCGCUGCAGCACGCCAGGGACUGGCCUCUGGGGACGUGGAGGGAUUCGUCCGCGCCAGCGGGGCAGGUGACAUGCCCCAGCCGUCCGGCGAGUGGGCACAAGGGUCCCAUCUUCAAACCAAAUAUAUAUACAUACAUACAUAUUUGUGAUAUGUGCUUGCUAAGUUUUCAUACCCACAAACGUAUUUAAAUGUGUGGAAUAGUAAUACAUUUUCACAACUACUAAUGAAUGGGGUAGGCGGGGUUUAGAAAAGUGCUGCUCAGGUAUGUCAAAGGUUUUAUCAUGGGUUCCUCUUUCCUCUGUCAAGAGACCAGGAGACUUCAGAAGUUCAUUUGAUUACGAGGCACAGUUAUGACUUGCGUGUCAGCUGCUCUUAGAGACAUGUUUUUUUUUUUUUUGGGGGGGGGGGAGGUGGAGUUACUGUGAUUGUCACAGUCUUUCAGUAGGUGUUUCUGACCCGAUGUCUUCAUGCCACUCAUGAAUUGCGCUGAAUUUGUUGCGCUGACGUCACAAAUGUUUUGCAUGUGAUUGAGUUAGAAAAAAAAAUCAGGUAUUUGUGAUACAUAAAUAAAUUGCAUCAUGUCGUAUGAGCAGAAAUGAUUACAGCAUAAUACCUUUUUACCAUUUCGUACACAUUAAAUUUGAUAUAUAUAUAUAUAUUUUUUAAACAGUAUUCUGUUGUGUAAGUGCUGAAGAAUGCCGUAACAUUGCGAAUGGUGGGGAAGCAGGCGCCUCUCUUAUUUUUAUCCAGUCUUGUAUUUCUACGAACCGUCGAAGCUAGCAAGUUAGCACGCCUGCCACUGUGUACACCUUGCCCGUUGACGUUCUUCUUUCUUUACUUCACAGUGGUUCUUCAUAGUCAUGAAUCAUAUUGGUUUAUCCAACUGGACGUUGCAAGAAAUGUUAUAAGUUAAAAAUAUAUGUAUAUUUGUCAGGUGUUGAUGCUCCUUUUGGUUGGUGGCUUUAGAAACUGCAACUUUAUAAGGAAACAUCUUAGACAAUGUUAUAAUUGGCAAAUUUUGUAGGCAAAAUAGUCACACAACAUGAUUUUGUAUUAUAAUAUUUUGACAUUUUAAAGGUAAUUCAUAAAUUUUGGUUUUUUAUUUUAAAAAUUUCAAAUGCAAAAUAAUGGAUUUGCCAUGUUAGUUAAGAAUUUUAUAAUUUUUUUAUGUAAGUGUAUUUUUUACUUUUUUUUUAACCAAUAAAUUAUGCAUGCAGCAAUCAAAGUAAAAAUAAAUGUCAAUUAGCAGUGAUUUUAAAUUUUUUUUAUCAUUAAUAAAACAAAAAUAUUUAGUAGUUAAAUAUAUAUUUUAUAGUAUGUUGACCUUUAAAGCUUUGGAGAGAUUUAUUUAUUUAUUGUAUAAAAUAUACUUUUACUUUUAAAAAAAACUUUUUUAUUCUAUUUUUAAAUGUUUAGUUUUAAUCUAAUCAAUCGUUAGUGCAAAACAAUGAUCAAUAAAUAUAUCCAAAUUGAAACCUAUGAAAUCAGUGAAAACAAAAAUCACCAAAAUAUGAACUGACCAAUUUGAAUUCGGCAUUAGUAAAAGUUUUCUGUAAGAUUUACAUUAAAUCGGGGGAUAAUGUGUAUGAAGGGAAUAAACAAUUAAGUGCUUCAGGUUUUUGGUGUUUAUUUUAAUGGCUACAUUGGUUGUUCGGUUGAAUUAGCUUCAUAGUGAAUUACAUAACUAGCUGUAAAGUGGUGAAAUUAAAUCGAUGAACAUAUGCCAUUUUUUGUUUUGGUAUUUUUUAUUUUUAUCCAGCCAGGCAAUAAAGGUUUCUCUAGAAUGUUGCCAGGUAGAGGCACAGUUAUUGCAAAAUGCAUUUACUGAUCAUUAACAGUUUCCUGGUUCAACAAGCUUGUUGAAGACAGCAGAAUACUAGAGCUUCUGUAUUAAAUUGUAUAAAUAUUGUGUGGAUUUUCAAAUAUUCUGUUGUUUUUUUUUUAAGCAUAAAUUUGCCAGCGCCAAUCCAAGUUGUUAAAGAAUGGCAUAAACACAUUUUAAAGUUUCGCUCCCUGUGGUUAAGAGCAUACUGCACAAUAUGCUCCAACUCGCUUGUGGAGACGCUCAUAGCUUCACUCCUAACCGCCCAAGGACACUACAAGUGGAGUGUCACAAUCUAACAUUUGUUAUCUUACCUCUCCUAUAAUUCCAAGUCAUUGUUCACUAUUUAUCACAAUUACAGCAACACUGUGCUUGUCUACAAUAUGCCAGUAAUGUGUACAAUGUUUUUGUAUUAGAAUGUAAUCUCAUAAUAUAUAAUUAUUUUACGUAGUAGCUUUGAAUAUAUAUACUGUAUAGAAGUCGCCAGCCCAGGUUAAAAUUUCUAAUACGGUUUUGAGGUAGUUGGUUAAUUCACCACCGCAAUCGCCACCAUCUCUAGGGCAUCGACUUGUGGUGGUCCCUAGCGGACAAGUGUCGAACUCUUCAAACACCCCUUCCCCCUCCUGUUGAACGACUUUGAGCUGCAGUGAAUGAUUGAUGGGUAGUGCGGGGAAUGACAGCGGGCGACAGCGCUGCGCUCUAACGUGUAAAUAACAACUAAGACGAUACAGGGCGUUACGGCAGCGCACUGCAGCGGUGAAGUUCCCAAGCUGCUCAUCAUACGCUUCUGAAAAACGUAGAGUAAAUCCUAUCCACUCGCGACUUCUAUACAGUAUAUAUAUUCAAAGGUAGUAGCGACUUUGGAAAGUAGAAAUGGAGAAGGAGGGAGGGGGAAAUUUUUUUUUACAAAGGAAUAAUAGUCUAUUUUAAUGAACAUUAUCAUGAUGUUACAUAUUCAAGACCGUUAGUGACCCUUUUUUUUUUAAUUGUGCAUUUUGCCCAAACUGAUAUCUGUGUGAUGUACAAGUCUGAGUCACAGAAAACAUGCCUCUGCAGAGCCAGAUAUUAAAAAUUCCAUGGUUGGUACAAGCUAAUGGAAAAAAUUCUAAUAUUAAAAUGUUGAUGAUUGUUGUUCCUCACACUGAAACUCGUGAUAUCCUGUGCUCCAAGCUAAUUGUUAGAAAGAUGUACUUGUAUGUGCUGAUGCUGUUAUUGUUAAGAUUUUGUCUAUUCUAAUAUGAUCUGUGAAUAAUGAAAGUGUUAAUUUUCGUGUGAUACCAAAUAAUAAAAUUACUGUUUAUUUAACCACAAA